AUGAAGACCACUACUACAAUCCUCUGCGUGGCCCUUCCACUUCUCGCCAGCGCGGCCCCUCCAACCCUCAACAAAAGGGUGAUGUGCAAUGUCUUCAACAACGACGGCGCUGUGCACUGCAGAAGCAGCCCGAAAUUUAGCGCUAAAUCAGUGACUACGAUUGGUGACGGAGAUGCUUGGGACUUUUCCUGCUACAAGUCGGGAGACUGCUACGAAGGGGUUUGCUCUUGGGACUAUAACUGGGAAUUGAAAUGCUACAUCAAUGGGUUUUAUACUUCAGAUCAGUGCAACUCCAGUAAUGCUCUCUCCUCCCUGACUAUUUCCAGUUCUGAGACUGACAAUCUGUGA